UUCUGAGACACCAGCCUGAGUCACAGCCCUCCUCUUCCUGAUGUCCCUGGUGAUGCUACUGCAAGCCAAUGGUGUUAUCUAUGUAACCUUGGUGACAAAGGGCUUCAGUCAUUGAGCAUGGGUCAACAGCCCCCUCUCAUCCUUUCAGAGGUCAAAUCCUUCUGUCCUCCCAGCUCUUCCUCCUAGCAGAGGCCUGGCCAAGCCCCCUGCCUACUUCCUGGGUCUUGGGGAUAAAGGGACCGAGAGGCCUAAACAGGAGGAAGUUGCAGAGACCCAGCAGGAUGCUGAGCCAGCUGGGUCUGACCCUCAUCUUUCUUGGGUCCUCCAUUGCUGGAAUCCCAGCAUCUGUGCCUGAGGAUGUGCUGGUGGGCAUCGUGGGGGGCAAUAGUGCCCCACAGGGGAAGUGGCCAUGGCAGGUCAGCCUGAGGGUCUACAGAUACAACUGGGCCUCCUGGGUGCACAUCUGCGGAGGCUCCAUCAUCCACCCACAGUGGGUGCUGACUGCCGCCCACUGUAUUCAUGAGAGCGAUGCUGACCCAUCAGCCUUUCGGAUCUACCUUGGGCAGGUGUACCUCUAUGGGGGCGAGAAGCUCCUGAAAGUGAGUCGAGUCAUCAUCCACCCAGACUUUGUCCGUUCUGGCCUGGGUUCAGAUGUGGCUCUGCUCCAACUGGCACAGUCCGUACGAUCCUUUCCUAACGUCAAGCCAGUCAAGCUGUCCCCUGCGUCUCUUGAGGUCACAAAGAAGGAUGUGUGCUGGGUGACCGGCUGGGGUUCAGUGAGCAUGCACGAAUCGCUGCCUCCUCCCUACCGCCUGCAGCAGGUGCAGGUAAAGAUAGUGGACAACACCCUUUGUGAGAAGCUGUAUCGCAACGCCACCAGGCUCUCCAAUCAUGGCCAGAGACUGAUCCUACAGGACAUGUUAUGCGCAGGCAGCCAUGGCCGAGACUCCUGCUAUGGUGACUCAGGUGGGCCUCUGGUCUGCAAUGUGACAGGCUCAUGGACCCUGGUGGGAGUGGUGAGCUGGGGCUAUGGCUGUGCCCUGAAGGACAUCCCUGGGGUCUACGCACGUGUGCAGUUCUUCCUGCCCUGGAUCACAGGGCAGAUGCAGAAGUUCUCCUGAGCCCAGCUGGCCUCAUGGUGGUCAGCUGAGGAUGGGUCGGCUUUGGUCACCAUUCCAGAGUGGACCAGGGUUUAGACUCUGGACUAGGUGCCCAGCACACUGAGCACUAGCUACUGAAGGGCAUGGCUAUGUUUUCUGGCUUCCUUAAUAAAGAUGUGUUUCAUAUUCA